GGGCGUCGGGCCACUUCCUGUUUUACUCCUCCUACUCGGAGGGCAGCGAAUGUUGUUAGUUUGAACAAAAUGGCUGCAUGAGCGCCACUCAACAAGAAUUCAGCGAACGCUUUAUUUGGACUGUCCGCACUUGCAUUUGGAUAUUUCAAGAAUUCGUUCUCCAGGAUUUCUUUUUCAGUUGCAUUCGUUGCAGCCAGGUUGUCAGUCGGUUGUUUUAGUUUAACCUACCUGCUAGCUUUUCAGCUAGCUAGCAAGCGUACAAAAUAUUUCCUUUGCACUUUAAACUAGAGUUAGCUUGCAAGCGUCGUCGGUUGCCCUAUGCCAAGUUAUCGGCGAAGAGCCUAAUACUGCCCUCCUUUAUUUUGCACCAUUUAGCUAUAAAUUGCAUACCAGUCGAUUUUUGAUGCAAACUAUCGUAUCGGAAUAUUUGGCUGGAUGCUUUAAUGACACUUUGCGAACGUUACAUUAUUUGGUAGCUAGCUAUUUUUUCUUGAUUACAGCAGUGUUGUGAUGUGUCGUGCCGUCAAGGCUUUGAGUCCGUGUUUUUGUUUUUGAAGCUGAUUUUUUAAACUGGUAUUGAACAUUUCUUGCUAUGUGAAUAGUUAUCAGCGACCGCAGCAUUUUUGUUAUGAAGCUGCUUAGCGUAAAUUCGCAGUAUCCUGAAAAGAUAGCUAGCAAACGUUAGCUAACUGCGAAUGCGUUUGAAUUAGCCACUGAUCUGUCACUUACGGGUACUUUUUUUGGAAAGGGCACAAGAAAAUGCCUUUCUGCACCACCUUCUGCCAUGCAACAAUUCUAUACUGAAAGCUGCCAAAGCUCAACUUGUGAUUACUAAGCUGAGAGAAGCUAGAAACACGAGGAGAGAACCAUUUGAUGGAAGAAAAGAAAAAGAAAAAGCCAGAAGAAAAGUCAAAGAAGGAAGCUGCUCAGAAAAAGGUUGCUGAACAGAAAACCAAAGUGCCAGACUCUGCCAAGCCCAGCCCCAGCCUGACCCUGUCCCUGUGCGCGGCUAGCAGCAGUGGCAAUGGCAAGCGCGCCCCCUCCAGUGCCCAGCAGCAGCAGCAGCCAACGCCCGGCCCGCGCUACCCGCCCCGAGAGGUGCCCCCGCGUUUCCGCCAGCAGGAGCACAAGCAGCUUCUGAAGAGGGGCCAGCCAUUGCCCGCGGGCACCCUCUCUCUCACCGCCUCCUCUUCCUCCUCCUCCUCCUCUUCCUCCUCCUUUGCUUCAACGCAGCUUGGGACCAGCUCCCCUCCUCAAACCCCUUCAAGCAAAAGGCAUACAGAGCUGUCCCAUUCGAGUGGCUUGGGAGCCCAGUAUGAGAACCCCCACUGGGGUCUUUCUAACAACAGCAGCAGUAGCACUGGCUGGCCUCAAGUGAUUAUCGACGAGAACGACAGCGAAGCCUGGCCCUCCAUUUCUGUCGGCAGUAGCCACGCGCCCACAGAAUGCCCCGCGGACGCUGAGCGCUCCACAGACGUCAUCAGCAGUAGCAGUAUGAGUAUGGCCACAGGAGCUGGACAGCCAGCCCACUACCCAAUCAACAAGAGCAGCGCCAACCACUCCGCAAGCAUGGUCUCCAGCCAAGGCGGCCCCAACAGGGGAUGGGGCUCCGACGGGAAGGCCGACGGCCUGACCAUGGGAGGGAGGGGUCAGCCCAACUGGAGCUCCCCCAACCUCAACCUGAACCCCAACGCCAACCCAUCCGCGUGGCCCAUGCUAGGACACGAGGGGCCCAACGUGGGCGGCGGCAUAGGGGGUUCAAACUCCCUUCCCCCGAACAUGUGUGGCCCAGGCGGCGCCCCACCAGUACACGGCACCAACGGAAACGGCAACAUGGGCAGUGCCAACGGGAGCCUGUUGGGGGACGGCACCGGCGCCUGGGGGAACCCCGACGCCCCCGAGCAGCAUCAGUCCUCAGCUGCGAAUGUGUCUUUCAGCAUGGAACCUCCCAACCUCAACACUGAUGGACCAAACCACACUAAACCAGAGCCCAUGAGCCCAGUCCACGGCUGGGGCGGCCAGUCGCCCACCGAGAGCUCGCAGGCCAACGGGGAUGGCACCUCCAUGUGGGGCAGCAGCAGCGGAGACGCCAAGGCCAGCGAGCCCAAGGACUCCGGCUGGGACUCCGCCAACGUCUCCUGGGGACGUGGAGGCGGCAGCGGUGGGAAAGGAGGAGGAGGAGGCGGUGGCACCGGGACCUGGGGGGACUGGGAGAAGCAGUCCAGCCGUGAGGCCAGUGGCUGGAACUCGGCUGACGUGCAACCCCCGCAGGACCAGAUGAGCUCCUGGACCGGCGACGCGCCCGCCAGCGAGGGCAGCGGCGACAGCAGCGACGGUCGCUCGCGCCACCGGGAGAGGUCCUCCAGCACGGACAGCAUCCCUGUCCUGCCCCGCCAGGACCUGGACCCCCGCGUCCUCAGCAACUCCGGCUGGGGCCAGACCCCAGUCCGCCAACACACUGUGUGGGAGAUGGAGGAGAUUGGAGAUCACAAGUCUGAGAGUGGAACUGAGGCCUGGGGAUCCUCCUCCAGUGCCACUCCUGCAGGGCCCCCGCCCAUGCCCACUGGUGGCGCCAAUCCUAAUCUUGGUGGGGCUCCGAGGCCCGAUUCAGGGGGCAAGAAUGAGCCGGCGGGCCCGGUGGGCUCAGCCUCUGGCUGGGGAGGCGCACCCCCACCUCACCCCACCAAACCCUCAGUCACUGGGUGGGGAGAGCCUCCGGCCAGCAAGAAGGUGUCCAACGGGUCGGUGAGUGGAUGGGGCGACCCCGUUCCCAGCGGCCCCAACACCAACGGCCCUAAGAGCGGCCAGUCCUGGGGCUCCGAGGACAAGUCCCCCAGCUGGGAGGACAGCCCUAGCCAGCCCAAGCAGCAGGGCUGGGGAGAUCAGCCCAAGCAGCAGGGCUGGGGAGAUCAGCCCAAGCAGUCCCAGAAUUGGGGCGGCGGCAACGGCAACGGCAACAAUGGUGGAGAGUGGGGUGACCACUCCGAGGGGAAGAAAAAUGGCACUGGAAAUCAGAUGUGGGAGGGCGAUGGAGGCAAUUGGAAGGAAAGCUCUCGCGGCGGUUGGAACAAACCUGCUCCAAGCGUGGGAGGCAACUGGGGAGAUGCCCCCCAACGCACCAAUGGUCCGAGCCAGGGAUGGGGUGGCAAACCCCAGGAGGGCCCCAAUGGAGGCAACAACGCCGGUCCCAAUGGAGGCAACAACGGAGGCCCCAACGGAGCAGCCCCCAUGGGCUCCUGGGGAGGACCCACCUCAGUCAAGCAGUCAGCCGGAUGGGGAUCAGGCGGCCGCCCAGACAGCGAGGUCACCGGCUGGGAGGAGCCGUCUCCGCCCUCCAUUCGCCGUAAAAUGGAGAUCGACGACGGCACCUCCACCUGGGGCGACCCGAGCGCCUACAGCAAGGCCGUCAACAUGUGGGACCGCAACAACCCAACGCAGGGCAACUCGGGGCCUGGCAACAGUGGCGGUGGCGGUGGCAACAACCACCACUCAGCACCCAUCAACAACAACAAUCAUCACCACCACCACAACAACCCGCACCACAACCAGGCACCCAUGCAGAAUCACUCCAACGGCAGCAACAACAACGGCUCACCCAAUCAGCCUGGACCUCCCCCGAACAGGCCUCCCCUGGUCGCUCCAGGCUGGGGAGAUCUGCCCAACGUUCAGGCCAAGCCUGAGCCCUCCACCUGGGGGGAGCCGGCCCCCAAUGCCCCCCCAGUGGACAACGGCACCUCAGCCUGGGGCAAGCCUCCCCGAGGCCACGGAGGCUGGGGCGACGGAGGGCAUGAGCCCGCCGGACCCUAUGGCAGGGGUAGCGCACCCCCCGGAUCUGCCCCCUGCAAGCAAGGCCCCAAAUCUAUGCAAGACAGCUGGGGCUCUGGAGGCGAGGACAUGGGCCCGUCCGCCGGCCAGUGGGACGCUGAUGAAGGAGACAUGUGGAACAGCCCCGUCUCUCAGGAGAGCAACUCUUCCUGCAACUCCUGGGGCAACCCACCCAAGAAGGUUCUACCGAAGGGGAAGAUGCCCAACAAGCAGGAUGAUGGCUGGAUCAUGAACCGUCUGAUCAAACAGCUCACAGACAUGGGCUUCCCGAGGGACCCUGCCGAGGAGGCUCUGAAGAGCAACAACAUGAAUCUGGAUCAAGCCAUGAGUGCUUUGCUGGAGAAGAAGACCGAACUGGACAAGCGGGGGAUGGGCAUGUCCGACUACAACGGCCUGAACAAGCCCAUGGUGUGCCGUCCCCAGACCCUCUCCAAAGACUCCUCCUCGGACCGGGCCCCCUUCCUGGACAAGGGUCACUCAAGUUUAAGAAGCUGUAAUCAGAGUUUUGAGGACGGCGGGCUGUCGGAUGACCCACCGAUGACCUCACCGUUUAUGCCUUCUCCCGGCCUGAAGCUCCCGCUGGCCAACAGCAGCCUCCCUGGCCACGGUCUGGUUGGGGUCUCCUCGGGGCUGGCCAUGCAAAACUUGAACAACAGACAGAUGCAGAAUGGAAUGUUUGGCAGUAGCGGAGCAGCACAAGCCCGGGCCCUGCAGCAGCCGCCGCAGGCUCCGCCCCCUCAGCCGUCAGUGCCGCCUCUCAGCUCCUCCCAGCCUGCUCUACGCACUCAAGUGCCUCAGUUUCUCUCCCCUCAGGUCCAAGCACAGCUCUUGCAGUUUGCAGCAAAAAACAUUGGCCUGAAUCCUGCACUUUUAACCUCACCAAUAAACCCUCAACAAAUGACCCUGUUGUACCAACUCCAGCAACUGCAAAUGGCGUACCAGCGUUUACAAAUCCAGCAGCAGAUGAUGCAGGCUCAGCGCAGCGUCUCCGGCCCCAUCAGACAACAAGAGCAGCAAGUUGCACGUACAAUCAAUAACAUGCAGCAGCAGAUCCAACAGCACCAGCGUCAGCUGGCCCAGGCCCUGCUGAUGAAGCAGCAGCCUCCUCCUCCUCACUCCGGCCUGCACCCCGCCGCCGGCAAAUCAGCCCUGGACUCCUUCCCAGGCCACCCCCAGGCCUCGGGCCUCAACGACCUGCAGACCAAAGAGCCGCAGUCUUCUCCCAACUCGUACAGCACCUACCCGCUCUCUGGACUGAACCCCAGUAUGAAUGUAAACUGCAUGGACGUGGGCGGGCUGAGCAUGAAGGACCCACCCCAGCCCCAGUCCCGCCUCUCCCAGUGGACACACCCCAACUCCAUGGACAGUCUCCCGGGCAACGGCUCCCACAUGGAGCCCGGCAUGAACAAACACGGUGGCAUUCCUCCGGCUCCCAACCACGGCCCCACUGGCAAGACCCCCAUGGACGACUCGUACAGCCCGUACGGUCUGAUGUCCACCUCCGAGUCUCCCACCAGCCCCCUGGUGGCGCCCGAGAGCUGGGCGCAGGGCAAGAGUCCCACUGAGAAGAUCUCCAACGGAAACAACAUCAGCUGGCCACCAGAGUUCUGCCCUGGGGUGCCUUGGAAGGGCCUGCAGAAUAUCGACCCAGAGAACGACCCUAACAUGACCCCAGGAAGUGUUCCCAGCGGCCCCACCAUCAACACCAACAUCCAGGAUGUCCAUCGCUACCUCCAGCGGGACCGCAGUGGAGACUCGUCUCCCACCUCCUCACAGAACGGCUCUUUGCCAGCCUCGAGUGAGUGGCCAGUCUCUGGCUUCACAAGCUCGUUCAGCCUGUCCUCCCCCGACGGGGAGGAUACCACAGGUAAACUGCUGGACAUGAAGUCCACGUGGUCCCCUGGGCCCAUCUCCCACUCACAGGCCUCGCUGUCCCACGAGCUCUGGAAGGUGCCCCCCGGCGCCCGCAACUCCACCGCACCGUCCCGCCCCCCGCCCGGCCUCACCAACACCAAGCCCUCGUCCACCUGGGGAGGCCACAGCCUGGGCCUGGCCCCCGGCUGGAACAGCUCCUCCUACUCAGAGGGCACAACCUGGAGCACUGACAGCUCCAACAGAACUAGCAGUUGGUUGGUUCUGAGGAACCUGACGCCUCAGAUUGACGGCUCCACUCUGCGGACCCUUUGCAUGCAGCACGGCCCCCUCAUAACAUUCCACCUGAACCUGACGCAGGGCAACGCCCUGGUGCGCUACAGCUCCAAGGAGGAGGCCGCCAAAGCCCAGAAGUCCCUGCACAUGUGCGUGCUGGGAAACACCACCAUCCUGGCGGAGUUCGCAGGCGAGGAGGAGGUGAACCGCUUCUUUGCACAAGGUCAGUCCCUGCCGCCCACCACCAGCUGGCAGGCCAACCCGGGCACCAAUCAGACGCGGAUGGGCGGGGCAGCCGUCUCCCACCCCGUCAGUCACUGGAGCGGCGGGAACAGCGCCGGCCACGUCGGCAAGGCCCCCGGCAGCUCGGGAGGCUCAGGCGGUGGCGGCGGGGACCUGCUGUGGGGCGGCGUGCAGCAGCACUACUCGAGCCUGUGGGGGCCGCCCGGCGGAGACGACGCCCGCGUGAUCGGCAGCCCCAUCCCAAUCAACACCCUGCUGCCCGGAGACCUGCUGAGCGGAGAGUCCAUGUAGAGAGGACCGCCUCGCUGCUGCUGCUGCUGCUGCUGCUGCUGCUGCGCUGGACCCGGAGAUGCUAAGUACACGAAACUUUAGAAAUAUCAACAACAAACAAACAGGAAAAAAUGAAAGAACAAUUUCUAACCAACAAAACAUGAAACAUGGAGCAAAAACCAAGCAAAUUAAUGUGGCGAUAAUCAGUUAUCUGUGGAGCUGUAACCCUUAGGCCUGGGCUAACAUGAGGCUGCUGACCCUUCCCCCUCUCCUGAGUUUUUAUUUAUGUUCGCUCUGGCGUCCAAGGAUCAAGGACGCCCUCCGAUGCCGUGUGCUGUGGAAGGACUCUUGACGAGGGAGAAUCAAUAUAUUACAUGAGCCUUUGAAGUCUCUUCAUGUAGUUUUGAUAAGUUUUCAUUCUUUUGACAUUCAGUACAAAUGUUCCGAGUUAGUAUCUUUUUCUUUUUUUUGUCCUUUUGCUCGUUUUUAGUCAGGAGAAGCAAUCUUAAGAGGCAGCCCCAAACCACACCUCAGAUACUCUAAAAACACCUCAUGAAUCCCUUCUCCCAAAAAAAGACAGACUUCCUAACUGCCCUGUGGCCUAGGAGAAAAAAGGCUCUUGAAGUUUUAUCCACCGUGUUAUUUUCUUGUUUUUCUUUUUUCAUUGAACUGAUAUUAGCCUUAAGUGCUCUCCAGGUCCUUUUUCAAGCAUUUUGUUUUUAAACAAAUACUAACUAAAGAAACCUUUUGAAAACUUGCACAGUCCCAUACCUGAGCCAGCGAUUGGACCAGAACAAGCGUGAAGAACAACGCCAACACAGCUUUGGGCAACCUGUGAGCAAGACCAAUCACUCCCCCCCCCCAUGAUAAUGAUGUUGUUUCUAGUGCUUUCAAUUUUUUUUGACAGACUGUCCCGUUACAAAAAGGGACCUACACUGCUACAUGUUUGGUAUACCCUGGCUGGUGUUUAGUUGAAUUGUAUGUAUUGCAACAUAAGCUGAGAGCAAAUUGCACGUCAACCUAACUGAGUGUGGACCGAGUUGUGAGUAAGCGUCUUCAGGCACCUGACCUUUUGUGUCCAUGCACCACUGUUUGAAGAAGAAGAAGAAGAAAAGGUCGUUCCUCAUACCAUAACACGAGUACCAGUGCCGACUGACCUAAUCAAGCCCCAUGCAUUCAUGUAUCCUUGUCCUCUUGUGUCAUAUGGUCCAUCAAGGAAAGGAGACAUAAAACAAACAACACAACACAACACAACCACCUUCAAGAGAUGCAUUGUGCAAUAUAUGCCACUGACUCUUCCGUCCUCACUGAAGCCAACCCGAGCUGGGCUUCUUGUUGUCCUGAUUGAAUCGUUUGCGCUGCUCUUCGUCUGAACAGCAGGAUAUUUUUUGUUGUUGUUGUUGUUUUUGUUAUCUUGAGAACUACAGAAACCUUAUGAACUUCAUUUCCCACCCAAGCCUGUGACUCCUGCAACUGUUGGGUAUCUUCAGACAUGGCUGGGGCGAGGACGAGGAAGAGACUUUCUCAUAAGCCAGUGUGUGUUGUGCUGUGCUGGGGAAGACUGGACUGGCAAAAAGGAAACAAAAAGAUGUCGUUCCCCAUCACACACAACCUCCCUCCCUCACGCCCCACCCAGCAGAGACUGUCUCCACAGCGAACAAGGGUCAAGCGGUUUGGGCAACUGGCACAAUACCAAAUAAGAGGGGUUUCUCCCAAUGCAGUAGGGUAAAGAGUGUUCCUUGCAUUUGGUACAAACAUGAGACUACAGUACAUUUUAAAAAAAAUAUUAAGGGAUUUAUCAUAGCACUUAUGAAGAGAAGGUAGCUCCACCUGCAAUGCCAAUAAAUCAGACAAGGGAGCCGCAACGUUGGAAGAGUAACUGAAAAAAAAUAAAUACAGAAAACAAAGAAAAAAACUCAAUGGCAACUCCUAGCUCUUUUGUACUGUAUCUGUAUUUUUAAAAAAUACUUUUUGUUUUUGCUGGUCCUCUUUGGUCCAGGGACUCUGACAGACUUCAAAACAAAACAAAAAAAAAAGAGAAAAAAAAGAACAUGAACUGGUGUCAGGAUGAAGGGAAAAACAAGACUGAAUCUUACAAUCAGACAAAACAAACAAAAAAAAAACUUGCAGUGUGUUUUUUUGUUUCAAUUCUAAGCUGUUUUAUUUCUCAUUUACUAUAUAUCAAAAAGUGAAUGUCACUGUUACUCCAAAAUGGUCUUUCUUAGCCUUUUGAUUCUUGUAUCUGGAGGAAGCGCUACUCAUGCAAUGUUACCUGGAUACAGACAGUGGUGGUGGGGGUCGUGGUGAUGCAUGGGGGUUUUCCGGGGGGGGGGCGAGGUUGGGGUCGUCACGUCGACCUGGCCGACUGUCUGCCCACUGAGUGCCUCUCUGCUGUGGAGACGGGGCGGUGGCGGCGCUCCCGGCCCUCUGACGCUCCGCAGCAGCACCUCUUCCCAGGCAGCCGGCGCAAACCCCAGCGCCCAGCCCCGCCCUCCCCAGGCCCAGCAGCCUGUCUCUCUCUCUCUCUCCUCUUCCUCUCCCCUCUCUCUCUUUCUUUCUCUCCAUAUAGAACCACUGCGCUGGCACUCCCUCCUUCUCUCUGUGUACCCCAUUCCCCCCCCAUCCUCUGCUGUCUCACAUGACGAUCACUUUAGCUGGAAGUUGAGACGGUUCGAUCUCUGGAAUUGCCAGUUUCUGUGUUGUAGUUUUUUUGUUUGUUUUUUUGCUCUGUUCUUUUUUUGUUGUUUUUGUUUGCUUUCACAUGACUAUUAUUAUUGUGUCCAUGCAGUGGUCUUUUUUUAAAGGUAACUGCCUACAAUUACCUUCGAUGCUCAUAUGCAGAAACUCUCUUCAGAAGAGGUGCCUCUGUCUGUUUGUCCUGUGUAAUGAAUGCACAACGCGGAUCAAUAUUACGGGCCAUAUUUGAUUGUUCCUUCUUUUUUUCAACCUUAAAUGGUCAUGCUUUUUUAGCUGUGUUUUCAUAAAUUUUUUAGUAGUAUCUGAUGAUUGUCAAGUAGCCUCUCAGACUAAUGUGGCAGAAUGUUUAGUGAGUGAGUGUGUGUAUGGGUGUGUGUCUCUGUGUUAGACAUCUCCCUGACUCCCCCCUGCCUGUUCCCUCAUGCAGCUGCUACCAUCCUCCUCCUCCUCCUCUGCGUUUUCCGUUAGCCUUGCUCUUCGCUAGCCCGUGUCCCGCUAGCGCCUGGUCCUCCAAGCCUCGCCAACAAGAGACAGCGCCCCCUCGCGUGAGUAGCCUGCUUCGGCCAGCGCUCUCUUCUCGUUUUCAGCCGACUCUCUUGGAGCCUCCCAGCCAGAGGCACAUAACAGACUCGGGCUUCUGUUUCUGUUUCUAUGCAAAGCCAAGGAGACUCAAGGGGGUGAGGGGGACGGGGAGGGGGAGGUGGCAGCUGUGUUUCUAUGGCAGCCCUUUACCACAACGUGCCAAUCAUGUCUGUGGAGGCUACGGCCCCCUUGCCUGGGUGGAGCCCUCCUCUCGCCUCCAGCACGUGUGCAGCCACUCCUCUCUGUUCUGUUCUCACUCAUACCCCCCCACCCCUAUCGUCCGUCUCUACAGCAUCGGGGUGGACCAAGACACUGUCCCAUGUUGCUCUCUUUCUCCCUCACUCCAAAUCAGGUGUUCCACGGGAAGGAUAAUGUCACCGUUUACUCUGCUGAAAAGAAAGGAAAAACAAAACAGCAUCUCACAUCAGCUUGAUCUCAGGGCAGGGCGAGGGAAACGACAACAAAAGAUAUAUUAGAAAAAUAAGUGUUUAUAUACUAGCGGCAUCGCGGGAGUCUGUUGGGGGCAAAGUGUCAUAGAGCUACCGUGUUUAGGAGUGGGACACGACGAGUCUGUCCUGUGCAUGGGUCCUCUUAGCUCUUAUCCCUACAGGGCCUGCUGUAUCUAUCCACAGGAUUGGUGGGAUCUGUUGUCAAUCAAAAGAAAAGGGACCCAUUCUUUCCACUCCUUUUGCUGCUGGGCUCUCACAAGAUGUCCACUUAUUUUUCCGUUUUUGUUUUUACUGACUCCAUGUGCCAACACAGUGAAAGACCUAGAAAACAGACCCCCUCCCCCUUCUCCGCACCAUUCUGGCUGUAGACGGAUCAGUAGGAGGAUGGAUCUGAUGUCCUGUCCUGCUGCAGAGCCCCUCUGUAACGCCUCCGAGGCCACGCACGGGUGGGGAGCUGGAGGCCGACAACGAGCAACAACCUCAUUCUGAUCAUUCGAGAUGAUGAUAAUCUUUUUUCUGUCUUGAGAUAGACCCCCUGUUUCCAUGGAGCAAGAACUGUCAAACCAAGAUUGGGGGUUCAAAAUUCUGCUAAGGUGCACAGUUGUUUGGGUAUUCCCUGGUACAUUUUGUUUUUGUUCUUUUUUUUAAAAACCAAAAAUGAAAUUGCAUUUUUUAAAAUAAAUUUUGACAAAAAAAUAGUAAAUGAGUAAAAAAUAUAUAUGUUGAGAAAAAGAAACUGCACUUCAUACUGAAACGUCUCCUGUCUGCUAACCUGCCUCUCUGUCAUCCAGGAGGGGCUCAGACUGGGCUGCCUUUUUGUGGAUGCUGUAUUUGUCGUAAUCAUUUCUCCUGAAAGAGACAUUCUAAUGAGACGUAAUAGGGCCCAGAGAAUUGGAACAUUUCCAUUCACCGUGACUGGUCAGGGCCUCCUACUGUAUCAACAUUCUCUUCCCUCAGUAUUCUGAUGGGAAUGAUACAUUUGAACAGGUACAUUUUUUUUAAGUCUUAAGAACUAUAAGUGGGGUUAAAGGCCUGCAUCUCAGAAAAAAAAGUGUUUUUAAAAAAGAAACUAAAAUCACAAAUGCCUGUGUCUGAAACUGCCUUGUUUGAAACUGUAAUGUCCAGUUUUAACAGUGGACCUCAAAAAUGUCCCCAUUUAGUGUCAGUGUCCCCCAAAAACCAGGAGUUAUCUGGUCAUCACCUACCAGCACUGGGAAAUGAUCCCUGCAGCUUAACUGUGACAUGAAGCCAUGCAUCACAGAUGUGUAUGGAUUUCAAUCUAUGAAAUGUUCCCUUUUUAACUUAAAGCUGGAUUGAAUAAACAAUGUAAAAUGAGCAAUAUGUGUUUCUCCCCACAAAUAAAUGUUAUGAGGGAAUGGGGAAGGGAUUUAACUGAUACUUGAUGGAUCACAUGAAAAAACUUGUCCCUAUCUCAGUGGGAUAUGCAUGUGCUGGUUUUAACAUAUACAAUACAUCAUUAGUUUGUGUAUGUGUACAUAUUUCAGUCGUCCCCCCCGACACCAUGUGUUCAUUCUUUCUUUUUAGAAGAGAUAAAGAUCAUAAACAUAUCAAAACAAAAAAAAAGUUAAUUAAUGUUACAAUACUUGAAUCAAGAAGCGCCAAUAACAUAAUGUGAACACUUUUUUGUCUGAGUGUGACUUCUACACUUCUGAGGUAUUGAUGAUAAGUUCAAAGUUCAGCAUUAGUUUAAAUGUAAAAAAAAAAAGAUCAUUAUACUGUGUGCUUGAAUGAUUGUGUGUGAGUGUGCGUUCACACUCUAAUGACUGUGUUCACUGUGGGCUAAGGCCCAUGUUUUAUUUUGUCAUCCGUUCAGUAUAGUGUGUUGUGUCUGUUCUUUUUUUUUUUGCUUGUCAAAACUAUAUUCUGAUGUUAUCUAACGUUGCACUGAGUGUCUUCUUCCCCUCUCUCAGCUAAUCGUAGAGAACACGAGACUAAGUACUGGGGGGAGGCGAUGACAAUUCACGUGUUAAUGUUUACUCAAGGACUUAAAGAAAACAAGUUUUUUGUUUUAUCUGUAAAAUGGUUAACCUGUAAAAUGUUUAUCUACCUUAUAGUGGCUUUUAUUGUUGAAUAGCCCCCUAACAAGGGUUAUCCAUUGAGUAUUGCACCAUUUUUGUUCAAAUUAUAAAACAUAAAAAUGUUUAAAAAGAACAAAAAAGUAAAAAAAAAAUAAAAAAAAUAAAAAACAAUACAAAAAUCUACUACAAAAAAUAAACAUGAAAUGAUGAACUGUGGCCAUAGCUAGCUGUAGAGAGACUAGAGAUCCCUAUGUUUAUGUCAUUGAUAUGUGGGCAGAGAUGUAGGCAAUGUGAGGUCCUGACCAACAGGACUCCAUUCAGUGGUGCCUCUCUGUGCUUGCAGAUGAUCGGGUUUUUUAUUGUAAAAAGCCACCUGUCGUUUACAAACAUUUCAUGUGUUUGAAGAUCACAAGAAAUAAAGGAAUUUAUAAUGGGAAUGUUGAUUUACAAAAAAGAUGUUUAAAGGACAAAGUUCAUCUUCCAUUUUAAAGAAAAAUGACAAAAACUUUACAAAUUGAAGAUUUAUGCUACUUUCAGAACUCUGGGAUUGAUCAGUGUUUGUGUCGUACUUUUUUGCUUUGAAUUUGACUUUUGUUGAUGUUAACAGACUAUCUAAGCCUAUGAUGUAUGUCUGUUUUUGUAAUUUCAUUUAUGGCGUUAUCUGUAAAAGCAACAUAAUUCUGUCACUAUCUUGCACACUCACAAAGGAUGUGGAUAUUGUCUCAGGAAGGCCAAGGUUUCCAGAGUCCCAACUCCACUAUUUUAACAUUAAUUUUUACGAGAAAAUGGAAUUUUAGAAAAGUGGAAAAAGAAAAAAUGAAACUAAAUGACAAAACCAACUCUAAGCACUGAAAGGUUAUGGAUUUUUGAAGAUGAACAUACCCUUUGUUUCUAAAAUCCGUAGCAGUUACACAUUUACCAAAUAAUAGACUUGUAAUGUCCUUUUUACUUUGUAAGUGGAGUGCUUUACUUUGAGAAGAAAAAUCUAUGUAGACAUUGCUUUACAUUCAAACGCAGUUAUCAGUGAUUUUGAUUGUUGAAGAGGUGUAAGGACAUGCAGUUGUGCGUUCUAAACGUGCACUUUUUUUUUGUUUGUUUUUCUCGAAGGUCCUAUUAAAAAAUGGGAUCAUUGUGCAUUAUUCUCUCCUCUGUCAUCUCUCAUGAUGACAUAUAUUCAAAUAAAAGAGAUUCUGUGGAAAGUUUUGGGAAGUUUCUGAGACAAGGUAGAGUAGGAGCUUAAGCUGGUUCUAGAGGAUUCUGAUCUAUGCACAAGUGGGAGAGGGAAGAAGUGUUCAGACCUGCUAUUUUUGGGCUGGGUUGUGGGGGGAUGGAUGUUUGUUUAUGAUGGGAGGGGUAAUGUUAUUGUGCUCAAAUGUAGUAGCUUAUUCUUUUUUUUUUUUUUUUUUUUUUUCAUUUCCAUGCUUCCCUCAGUAUCGUAUACAGAUAAAAAUUAUAGUGUCACCAUGUUUUAUUCUCUUAAGUCAUGAGCAUCUCUCUCUGCCAAACUGAGCACUGUGGAUCUUUCCAGAAUAAUCCAUGAUUCUAGAGUCUGCUUGAGAGGGAGAGGCAUUUUCUGGUAAAUGGAAUAAGGAGGAAGUUUGCUUUAUGCCUUUUUAAGUUUGAAAAGAGAAUUUGAGGAACAUGUCUGUACCGAGAUUCAAAAAAAGUUGCUGGCUUUUAAAUGUUCUUAUUUUUUUGUUUCUUUUUCCUCCUCAUAGAAUGUGAUUGUCAAUGACUUGCACCGAAAAAAUGUUUCCAUGUGUGGUGGAGAUUCUUUCGGCCUAUAUUAAUAAAUAAACUGCAAUUUUUCUCUUGA